AUGGACGAGGCUGCGGCAGCGCCCGCAGAGGCCGAGGCCGAGGCUUCGAGCGCCAAAUUAGAGCGCCUGGGACUAGGACCAGAAGUCGUCGCCGUAGCCAAUGCCGGCGACAUCAUCCUCGACGUCACAUUCGAGACGUCCAAGGAGACGCUCCGCAAGUCCAGCAGGGCUUCGGCGUACGCGGCCAAGAAGCCGGCCGGCGCUCCCCAGCCCACGCUCAAGACCAAGGUGCGGGUGGCCUACCGCGUCAGCCAGGCCGCUCUCAAGAAGCACUCCAAGUACUUCAACAACCUGCUGUCCAACGCCUCGUUCCGCGAGGCCGGCCUCAUCGCAGAGGCACACAAGAAGCUCGCAGAGAAGAAGAUCAAGCCGGCAGAGGCUGACGCCGCGGACCUGCCGUGGAUCACCAUCACGGAUGACGACGAAGCCACCAAGGCCGCGGGCCGCGAGCAUGCGUUUGAGGACAUGCUCCGAAUCAUGCACCAAAAGCCGCCCAAGACGGCGAGAGUGGCCCUCCAAGACGCCGCCACGAUUGCUAUUCUCGCGGAUCGCUUCGACUGCAUCACCCUCGUGGCUCGCUCCAUCCUUAAUGGGGUGCGCUGGCCAGCCACGACUACAAAGCCCUAUACUGACGAGAGCGGCCGCAUCACAGACGCCGAGGAGGUCUUGCGGCAGAAGGUCCUCGUUUCCCUGCUCCUUGGCAGCGGCAUGAGGCUGCAUCAAGCGGCGCGAGAGCUCAUUACGAGGGGAUCUCGCCUCUGGAGCGAAUUUCAGGACCGCGAUGAGACUCUGACGGCUGCGUGGUGGCAUUUGCCCGACGGCAUUGAGGAGGAACUGCAGUACCGCAGACAAUGCGUACUGAACACCAUUGCGUCCGCCCAACGCCACUUCCUCGAUUUGUACUGCUCCAAGGACCUUCAAUGCAAGCUGGGCUACGACUCCAGCGUUGCAUGCGACUCCUUUCAGCUGGGCCAGAUGGUUAAAUUUCUAACAUCCAAAAACCUCCUGUACCUCGUGGACUACACCCCGGCGUCCCUAGAGAGGGUGCCCGACGCUGCCACGGUCAACAUCGACGAGCUGCUCGUCACUCUAAAGGGGUGCCCCGGCUACCAGGUUGACAAGAAUCACACCAACUGCGGCCUUCGAACUCGCCUGGAACCCAUCGUCGACUACAUCCGGGCCAUGCUGUCGGCGAGCGGCACGUCCAUUGCGCACGCCGACUGGAAGAAGCGUCGGUCCGAGGUAUCGUGGACGAUGCUCAGAGACGGCCAAGCAACAGGCGACACGGCCGAAGAACCACGAAUGUUUGUAUUCACUCGGUCGGUGGCUAAUGACCAGCGGCUGCGUUACGAGAAUGCCAUGUACACUGAUCGGCUGUCUAAGAGUCUAUUCACGGCCAGUUCGUGGGAUUGGACGCCCGAGGCUUAA